GCUGUACAUAAUUUGGGUAUCAACUGAUUGCUCGUAAUUGACGUUUUAUUUUUACCAUGGGAAAAACAAAACCAGUGAAUAAAUACACUGAAGAUGAUUUACAAGAAGCUUUGGCAAAAUUAAAAGAUGGACAAUCACUUGGUAGUGUUGCUAGACAAUAUAAAAUUCCAAAAUCAACAUUAUCAUCUAAACACCGAGGUCUUUCGAAACAAACAAUCCAGCGACGUGGACCACAAUGUGUACUGGGUGACGAAAAUGAAAAACAGUUGGUAAACUGGAUUUUACAAAUGAGUGAACAUGGAUUUCCCAUCACAAAAUCUCAGUUAAUUAACAGUGUUCAAUUACUAUUUAAAGUAUCAAAAAAAAGCAGUCCAUUUAUAAAUAAUAGACCUGGUAGACAUUGGAUGACAUCUUUCUUCAAUCGUCAUUCAGAAAUUUGUAAAAAAAUGUCAGAAAAUUUACUCUAUACUCGUGCUAAUCUUACUGGAACAAUAUUACGAGAAUGGUUUGAAAAAAUAAAAUAUUUAUUAGAAAAAAAAAAUUUAAUAAAUAUAGAUAGCUCUCGUAUUUAUACUUGUGAUGAAUUUGCAUUUUCUUUGAGGCCACGAGAAGACAAAAUAAUUGUAAGACGACAAAAAGAAAAAAAUUAUAGUUUUGUUAGUAAUGAUGAAAAAGAAUAUGUUAGUACAUUGUUUUGUGGAAAUGCUGCAGGACAGUUUCUUCCACCAGCUGUUACAUUUAAGUAUGCUAGAUUAAUUCCAAGAAGUAUAUCAAUAACAAUGCCACGAGAAUGGGUUGCUAGACGAACAGAUAGUGGCUGGCAAACUGGAGAAUCAUUUUAUGGAUGGAUGACCAAAUGUUUUGAGCCUUGGUUGAGAAAAAAUAACAUUCAGUUUCCAGUGAUAUUAUACAUUGAUGGACAUGCUUGUAAUAUGACUUUUGAACUGACUAAAUUUUGUCAAAAAAAAAGUAUUGUAUUAAUUGCACUGCAUCCUAAUGCUUCACAUAUAAUGAAGCCACUUGAUAUAGCUUUUUUUAAUCCCAUGAAAGACAUUUGGAAGAACAUUGUUCAAGAAUGGCAAACAGAAAAUAAUGGAGAGUCUUUAAAACGAGAAUUAUAUUCAAGCUUGUUGAAAGAAGCAAUUGAAAAUUGGAGCAAAGACGCAAAUUUAUCAGAUGGAUUUCGUUCUGCUGGUCUACAUCCUUUUUCUGUUGAUGUAAUAGAAUUUGAAAAAUCUUUUCAAAACAACAACAACAACAACAACAAUGAACAAGAUGAACAAGUAAUUCAACCUGUACAUGUUUUUCAAGUUGAAUCAAAUGAUUUGGAGAUGAUUGAAAGUUACAUACAAAAAGAUAUUUUAAAAUCUUUCAAGAAUUUUCCUGAUGACAAAGAUUGGACAGAGCCAAUAGAAUAUAAGGAGCUUUUUAAUGUUUGGAAAAAAAUAAAAAAUAACAGCAAUUAUUUAAAUGAAUCAGAAAAAACUUCAAGUGAUGAUGAAUCAAGCCAUGAACAAGAUGAAAGACCAACUGAAAUUGAUUUUUUUUGAAUUUACUAAUUGAAUUUGUUGUUUGAGAUGUUAAAUUUCCGAGAUUUUUAUACUUUUAGUUGAAUGAUUAUAAUAUAUUAUAAACUUAUGCUGUGUAAAUAAAUUGAAUUGAAAUAAUUUAUGAUGUAAUUAAUGAUGACGAUUCAACUAGUCUUAUAAUUGUAUAAAUAAUUGUACAAUUGUAAAAAAAACUUGGCCUAUAUUGUGGUAAACAAAAAAUAAAAAAAAA